UGGACCACCUGUCAAUUAAUUAAAGGGUUACCCGUGAGGGAACCCGACAACUUUGGCGUCAAUAACCAUAUCCUUCCUUGCUCUCUCUCUCUCUCUCUCCAUCUCCUGUGUUUUUGUUUCAGAAAUUCAAUUCCAAUUCAAUUCAAAUUCUCAGUUAUUUCACACUUUUUCUCUUUCUCUCUGUACUCUCACUCUUUUCAUCUGCAGCAACUGUACUUACCAGAUGCUUUGCGUCAUAUCCAAAUACACUACAGGUACCCCCCCCCCCCCCUAAAUACAUUCAUGCUUCUGUGGUCCAAUCCUCCUUUGUAAUUUCCUGAUUUAACACUUUUAUUUUUUUUUAUGUCUGUUUCCACCAAUAAUCCACCCAGAACUGGUGGUGGCGCUGGACAAAGCGGCGGCGAUGAUGACGAUAACGACGCCGGUGCCGGUGUUAGUGGUAGGUGUAAGGAUAUGGAUGAUUCAGAAGAGGAAAAUGAUCAAAGUAAGAAGAUAAAGGGGAAAACGAUAUCUUGUUUUCGGUUUAGGAAGGUUAAAGGGACGUUUUUGAGGAGGAAACAGAAAGGGGUUUCUGUAAAUUCGGAGAGAAGAAGGGAAUUAUAUGGAGGAGGAGGUGGAUGUUAUUUGUGCUUGAAGAAACGGCUGACUUCUGAUUCAGGAGGUGAGUCACAGACGAGUGAUCCUAAUAGCCCCACGUUUACUUAUGAGAUGCUUCGAGUUUUUAUUGAAAAUAAUGAUUUUUAUUCCAAAGAAUGCAAUCCCCAUUUGGAUGUAGCAGAAUCUAAGCCUUGCUCUCUUCAAAAUGAUAAAUGAAAUAUGAUAUCAGAAAUUAUUGGAUGAUAAAGUUUACAAAACAUUGGGAUAAUAGAGCUUAGAGGCUUCGAAUGCUCAUAAUUAUGAUCAUGGCCUAUUAGUUCUUGAUUUGGGUUGCCUCAUUUACCUGCCAAAAUUUGAACUCUGAGGGUUGAAGUAAUUCCAUAGUUGUAUUUUGUGUUUCUAGUUUCUGGCGUAUGAUUCUCAUUUUGUGGAGUUGAAAAUCAUUUCUAUCAGAUUGAGAGGAUAUCUAGUAUAAAUUUGGAAUUGCAAACCAAAGGAAAGCUACGUUUGUGGAUAAGAUUUUUUACUUUUAGGGCAUUUCCCAAUUUGGAAGAGAACUUUUUCAGAAAAUGGGACAUACUGAAUUUAAAUUUGAAAAAGAUUGAGGAGAAGCCAGAGAAACCGUCCGUCCAAUUGCUCUAAGGUGUAUGGCAACUCGAGCACGAGGUAUAAAACUUGAUGGAAUGAAACUAUUCCUUAUGCAAAUGAAUGACGUUUUGCAGUAAUCGCCUUUUGUAGCAACAAUAAUCUUGUAAUUUCUACUUCAAUUGCAUUCUUCAUUCAAUUUUUUGAGCCAUAAUUUGUAUGGUGUACCGGCAACAGUUCACAUUGUAUAUGAAGGUGGAAAUAUUGCAUAUCACUGAAUUAUGUGAUUGAGUUUGAUGUUAUACUUUCCUUUGAGAAA